UCUUGGGGUAGUUGACUUUUAAAAAGCAUUGUCAACCCCUGAUAUGACAACUUCGAUGGUUCUGCAUCCACGCUGGGCGGACACCUUGAUGUAUGUAUAUGAAAAAAGCCUGAAUGAAAGCAAUCCGAAUAAAAACCAAUCCAUGGAGGGACUAAGCGGGAAUUGUCCUGCUACCCACUGCAGGGAACUGAUAUCACACUCGGCGUUGGGACGACACUCCGGCACCAUAAGCCACCAGGGUUCUGUGUACUCGGACAUACCCUCCCACGACACUGGGCGACAGUGCCCCGCUCCCCAGACUUCCUCCAGCGCCACCCUUGGUUAUGGCUACCCAUUCGGAAGCCCUUAUUACGGGUGUCGGUUGUCACACUCGCACAACGUUAACUUGCAGCAGAAGCAAUGCUCUUACCACCCCGCAGAGAAAUAUGCAGAACCCAGCGCGGCACUGCCCACCGAAGAUCUGUCAAGCCGGGCAAAGGAGUUCGCAUUUUACCCGGGUUUUGCCAGCUCAUACCAGACUGUCCCGGGUUACUUGGACGUGUCGGUGGUUCCCGGUAUCAGUGCGCACCCGGAACCGAGACAUGAAACUUUGAUUCCCAUGGAUGGCUACCAGCACUGGGCUCUAUCUAAUGGCUGGGAUGGACAGGUGUACUGUUCUAAAGAACAAACACAGUCAACACAUCUCUGGAAGUCGCCCUUCCCAGAUGUCGUGCCUUUGCAACCAGAGGUCAGCAGCUACCGACGAGGCCGCAAAAAGCGAGUUCCUUACACCAAGAUCCAACUGAAGGAGCUAGAGAAAGAGUAUGCAGCUAGCAAGUUCAUCACAAAAGACAAGAGACGGCGAAUAUCUGCCACUACUAAUCUCUCCGAACGCCAGGUCACCAUCUGGUUCCAGAACCGACGGGUGAAGGAGAAGAAAUUCGUCUGUAAAUCUAAAUCAAGCUCUCAUAUGCAUGCCACUUGAUUCAGUCCAAUGUCACUGGCAUGGCAACUCAAAUACUUUUUCAUCACUAACGCUCGAUAUUUAUAUAUUGACAUUAUUCUCACCUGGUAUGAUGCAUUGCAAAACACAAACGUAAUCUCACCUCCCUAUUUGGACAUAAACUGGGGGGAAAUACAGAAGAAGAUUUACUAAACCUGGUUUGGAACGAAUGAUCACAUCCUUACAGGAGCGUCGAAAGCUACCAGCAUUGUUAGUAUAGCCUGUAUAGCCUGAGACCUAAAAACUUUUGUGACUGGUAAAGUAAACCGAGGUCUUUGGGGAUGUCAUACAGUGAUCUUGUUCAGACAUUUUCAGGUAUUGGACGCAUCAAGACUGAAAACUAUAUUUCAAUGAUAUUGUAUGGCGGUUUUAGUUUGAUCCCAAGGGAAUGAGCAA